CCUGGGAGAGACGGACUUCUAAGUGCAUCAUUAUGUUGAACAAUAUGGAUUUGAAUGCGAAAGAUUCUUUUUACCCUCAAUUUGAGAAUUGUAACAGUUCUUCCAUGGGGAUGGAAAACACGGCACGGAAGGAUAACCAGGAGGUGUACGUCGAUGCAGAGCGGGGGGUACCUGCCCAGUUUGGCCACGAAGGAACCCCAGCAACCCUCAAAACCGAAGCUUCCAACUCGGAAUUUGCUUUUAACCCCUGUGAGUGCCCGAAAGACACCUACACCCCCUCUUCGCUCGCCUACUCCGGCAGUUUCUAUGUUGAGGCAUCUCAGGGAGCGCCGUGCAGCACCGAAACACUCCUCAACAUGAUCACCGAGAUCGUGGGCAUAUCCACGCUGCCACUUUCAGAAGUGCAACAGAGCGGCAACAGCCGGGGAACUUACCCGUCGCCCGCGCCCCUGGACAGCAGCAAUGGCAAUUUUGGAGACCCGGGCGUCAAGAGGCAGUCCUACACCUGCUCCGGACCGACCCCCCCGGUGUACUCCCCGGAUCAGACCUGCCCGAGGUUUUCCGACGACCAGGCCGGGAGCCAGCCCGCAGACCCGUCCAGCAACCAGCUCAGCUUCGGCUCGACCCGCGCGGCCAGCCAGAAGAAAACCGAACCAAAGUCAGAAGCUGCUUCUUUCCCCGUCGUGGUGAAAAACGAGUUCGAGAGCAGCUGCUACGAGUGGGGAACAUUUAAUAAAUCUGACUGUUUGGAGACGAGCUUCCAGACCGAGACUUUCCCGAUGUCCAGUGAUUUCCCCCCCGACCAGCAAAUGGAUGUAAAAGAACUUUUAGACACGUUCCCCCCGAUCUGCCCCCCCAACCCGGAGAUGGAGUUUAAGGUGGAGGGGGGCAUCAAGCAGGAACCGUGUUUCUCUGACACCUGUUCUCAGAGCUACUCCAGUCCGCUGUCCUAUAAUAAUUACCUCCCGCCACCGCCGCCGAUGGGCCUGUCCUCCACCCUGAAGCCCUUCCCGGAGCCCCCCCAGCCAUCGAACCAGUGUGAUUCCCUAUACACGACCACGGCUCUACCGAGCACCAUAGACUCCAUCCUCUACUCCUCGCUGCUGCCAGAUUCUUUCGCCCAAAGUUACACUCCUCGUGCGACGAAGGCCCCGAGGGCGAGGAAGAGCGGCGCGGCUUCCCACGGCCCGGCCAAGGAGAAGCCCUUCACCUGCCCCAUGGAGAGCUGCGACCGGCGCUUCUCGCGCUCGGACGAGCUCAACCGGCACAUCCGCAUCCACACGGGCCACAAACCGUUCCAGUGCCGCAUCUGCUUGCGCAGCUUCAGCCGUAGCGACCACCUGACCACCCACACCAGGACUCACACCGGCGAGAAGCCGUUCUCGUGCGACGUGUGCGGCAAGCGGUUCGCCCGCAGCGACGAGCGGAAACGGCACGGACGCGUACAUCUGAAACAGAAGGAGAAAAUGGAAAUAAAGCCACAGGUGACCACCGGCGCGUGGCCGUUCACUCUUCCCGAGGGGAUCUGA